AAUGUAACCCUCUCACUUGCAGCAGCGAAAAUGAGCGUUUCAUCUCGUACCAGAUCUAAACUAAAGCAAAGAGAUGAAGCAGCAACAUCCCUGUUGUUAAAUCUUCCUGAAGAAGUCCAUGAUGAGAUCUUUCUGAAGUUACCGGGGAAAUCCAUCUUGGUAUCCAGGUGUGUAUGUAAGCUUUUCUAUAAUCUACUUUCUAAACCUAAUUUCAUCAAGAAUCAUCUCAAUCGCACUAAUCAAAGCAAGAACAGCAACCCUAAACUCUUGUUUAGUCAAUCCUCGGGAGGUAUGCACCCUCUGAUUUACUCUGUACCAGUAGAUUAUCCUUCAAUUUCAUCACCACCACCAUCAGAUGGAGCUGUUCUGAUAAGUUACCCAAUUGAAUCUACCAGAAAUUAUCUUUUUGAAUUUUGGGGUUCAUGUAAUGGCUUGAUUUGCUCAAGAAUACUUAGUAUUGAUAGACCUUCUCAAAAUAGAAUUAUUUUGGAGUCUAAAUUCUGUGUUCUGAACCCAUUGACAAGAGAAUUUAAGGAAUUUAAGGAGCCCGAGAAUUGUAACGGUGGUGUUACCUACGGAUUCGGUGAGAUAAUGGUGAAUAUGCCAUUACCUGAAAAUAUUAUGCCGCGUACAGAUUAUUCCGGAAAAGUUUACAAAAAUGUUGCAGUGUGGGGCGACUGCAUCGGUAUAACUUGUAUUUGGGGAUCAGUUAAAAUUGAUGUGUGGGUGAUGCAGGAAUAUGGAGUAAAAGAAUCUUGGAUCAAAAAAUAUACCACAACCCAGCUACCAUCGCGGGCGCAAGAAAUUCUAUUUUGGAGGCCUCUAUGGUGCUUUAGCAAUAGUGAAAUUCUAAUAGACACUGGUGGCAGGCGAUUAUUUUUAUACGAACCAACAACUGAAAGAGUUAGAUUGGUGUUGGUCCAUGAUUUUAUUAUGAGCAAUAGUCGACAGAGCUAUGUGGAAAGCAUAGUCUCACUUGGCUCUGCUACUUAUCUAGAGAAGCGGAUUACAGAUGAGAUCGUGAAGUAUUCCAAGUGACAACGAUUGAGGUAAAAAAAUAUCACAUGUUAUGCAUUUUAUUUCAUUUCGUUUUGAGUCUGCAACUAUAAUUCCACCUUAGUUAUUUGGCUUCCACAACAUUUUGACGCUUUCUAUGUUUAAUUUGAUUUUCAAUACACUGUGUGUAACUGUGGAACAUUCAGGUAAUAGUUUUUGCUUGUUGGUAAACUUUGGUAGGAUAACCUUAUAGCAUCUCUAUUUUUCUAAACCUGUAUAUUCUUGUUACUGAUUAUCUGUCGCUUUGGUACAUAAGAAAACUGCCAGCAGUUUGUCUUCUCUUCAUUAAUUAUUGUCUCGCAAUUCAGUGGAUUUUUUUAGCGAAUGUGACAUUAGAAUUUUUGAAGUUCAUGCUGUACAUCAGAAUUUUCACAUACCACUUAAUGUUCUAAGAUUUCUCAUUGUAUCGUCUGGGUUUUAAUUGCUAUGAAUUUUUUCUUCCAGAAAUAUCUUUUGUAGACCUUGAAAAAGUCAUCCAGAUCC